GCUUUUUUUUCUCGCAGAGGUAGUCGGAAUGAACAGAGAUGGAGACGCAUGACUGGGGUUCUCAGACAGUGGCCGCGGUAGCAUGUUGCGUGUGCGGAACUCAGGUUUCUCCUCCGAACCCGGCGAACAUGUGUGUGAGUUGUUUACGUUGCGAAGUAGACAUCUCUGAGGGCAUUUCGAAGCAGCUGAGCAUUCAGUGGUGCAAGGGAUGCGGAAGAUACCAUGAGCCGCCGAAUCGCUGGUUGAAGUGUGGUUUAGAGAGCAAGGAGCUGCUGAUGUUUUGCCUGAGGCGCAUUAAAAAUCUCAACAAGGUGAGGCUGGUUGACGCCUCGUUUGUGUACACGGAGCCCCAUUCGAAGCGCCUGAAGGUGAAGUUACAGUGCCAAAAGCAGGUGUAUCAGUCGAUGAUAUUCGAGCAAACGUUUGUGAUUGAAUAUUUGGUCUCGAGUUUGUUUUGUCCUGAAUGUCACAGAUAUGAAGCAGGCGGGGACGAGAACAUGUGGACGGCCGUGGUUCAGGCUCGGCAGCGCGUGGCUCACAAGCGUACUUUUUUGUGGCUGGAGCAAGUGAUUUUGCGACAUGCCGCUCACUCCUAUAUAUCGUCGAUCAAGGUGAUUCGAGACGGACUGGAUUUUUAUUUUUCGUCUUUGACACACGCGAAGCACUUUGUGGACUUUUUGCACGCGUUCGUGCCGGCGCGCUCCAGCCUGAACAAGAAGCUUGUGACGCACGACUGCAAGAGCAACACGUACCAGUACAAGUGGAGCAUUCCGGUCGAGUUGGUUCCGGUUUGCAAAGAGGAUUUGGUGUAUUUGUCGACGAAGCAGCGUCGUAACUUUGGCGGCAUGAGUCCGUGGCUGUUGGUGGCCAAGAUAUCCAAUGUGAUUCACCUGAUAGAUCCCUCGACGUUGAUGAUGCGGGAGGUGCAGCCGAGCCAGUUUUGGGCUCAGCCGCUUCACGUGUUAGCGACCAAGGCUCAACUGACUGAAUUUUUGGUUUUGGAUGUAGAAUUCGCGUCCGCUCCAUUACCGUCUUCUUCUAGAAACCACCAGUUGUGCUACGUCACCGUCGCAAGGAUGUCGGACCUGGGCCGGAGCGAUGCUCAGUUUCAGGUUUUGUCACAUUUGGGAAGAUGGAUUCGAGCGGGUCAAAAGGUCCUUGGGUACGACUUGGAGACGAUCAACAGGGCGUCCGAGGUGCCGGAGUACUCAAAAAGGAGGCGGGGCAGCGAGCGCGCGGACGAGGACCGUCCAGACGUCAUACUGGUCAAGAGGUGUCCUUCUGCGAGAAGGGGGAGGAGAAAUUGGAAGCUGAAGUCGCUCGCGAAGGAGUUCGAAGUAGAGCGCAACAUGAACGCGAGCGACUGCGAAAAAGAGCAAGAGGACUAUGAGCAAUUUUUGCAGGAGCUGGAAGAAGAUGCAGAAGCGCGAAAGAACGUCUGUCUGUACAAAAAAACAGGUGGAGAAGCUCGCUCCAACGCCCCUCAAAAAAUGGAGGUGUCCGACGCAGAGACGAUGGAAGCGUGCGAGCACACGUCGGAGGAGGAUGGGGAGAAGUGGCCGGAAAUAAGCUUAGACGAGCUCCUAGACGAUUUUGACAGUUUAGACGUAGAGGAGAAGUGACGGACGGGCUUGUGGUGGGAAGGAGGGGGAGGGAGGCGCUCGAAUAGCGGCGACAGACUUUAGAAACGGGACUUAAAAGGAGAACAAAAAGAGCGCUGGACGCUCUAUGAUACAUGUGCAAACUUCGUCAUGUUUGUGUGUGCAAACUUGUUUACUUGUGCAAAAGUUUGGAAAAAAAAAAAGCUUAUGGCCCGUUUUGAUAGAAAUAAAGCUAAUUUGUGGUGGUGGACUCGCGCGUUCACGCGGUCUUUAUUUGUAUA